AAUAUUUCUCAAGAUAAUUCUGCGCUUGCUAAUCUUUCCGAAAUGCUUAAAAAUAUUAAAUUUUCUGACUCUAUGCAAGCCGAAGAGUUCCUAACUAUCCCAGAAGAAAAUAUUAUCUAUGAAGUUUUUAAAAAUGAUCAGGCUAUUGAAGAACUUGUAGAAAUAUUCACCAACGAAUGCGAUCUAGAAUAUUCUGACCCUGAUGAAGUUAACGAUAGUUCAGAGACUCCCAUCAUCACAUCUAAUGAAGCAAUUAAAGGUUUAGAGACAAUUCACCUAUAUCUACUUCAAUAUAAAAAUACUAGCGAGCAUCUAAA